AUGAGCAACGCGAGUUAUCCAUCACUAGAUUCCUUGGGCUACUUGGACAAGUUGUCUUACACAUUACCGUAUAAAUUAUACUCAAAUGACAUAGUACCCGAGCCCAUUAUUCUACCUUUAUUCAUCGUUGGCACAUCGGUGACGUGUGUCGUAAUAGGGUCAUUUUCAACAUUGGGCAGACCAAGAAACGGCCAAGAGGCCAAUUUGGAUAAGGGAGAGAUGUGGGAUCCUACAGAUAAUGACGGAUCCCCAUAUACUAUUACAACUAACUCAGAACUUGAGUCAUUGGGAACGCAGUCAAUGGAGCUCAAACACGCAUUCAUUAUACCUGUGAUCGGAGGUGCUGUACUUUUGGGAUUGAAAACUGCUUUGGAGAAAUGGGAUAAGAUAUCAUUGAAUAAAUGGUUAAAUUGGUACAUGUUGGUGAACGGGCUAGGGCCCGUUUAUUCCACCCUCUCUUACUUGUUAGCUUGGGCUUCGAGGAAAGGUACUCAUGUAUUUGGUCUGAACUCCCUGGCAUUGUUCAAAAGGUACAGAUUAACGAUAGCUGAAGACAAAGAUUUUUUUCCAUUAGGUAGCGUUGACUAUAUUGAUGAGCAAACUAUCAAUCAAGAGAAGGAUAUUAAAGAGCGAACCGAGAUGUAUGAAAAGUUAAAAAAACAUUUGAAGAAAAAUGAUGUCAAGGUGUUGCUGGCAAACUCAGUAGAGCCUAAGCAACAAAAAGCAAAUCUCAUCUUCGACCUUAAGAUAUUGAUUGCUGCCCCGCUAGCUUUAUUAAUCAUCUACGCGUUCUAUAAACAUAACCCAAUUUUGAAUCUGAGCUAUCCUUUUGCUGACACCAAUUGGAUAGCCCUGAACGUGUUUGGCGUCUCGUUCUCCAUAUUUGGCGUAAGCAUGAUUAGAUUGACUAAUUUCAAGAUCGCAUUCGCACUCAUGUCUUUAUUGUUCUUGUAUGAUAUCUACUUCGUAUUUGGCUCUACGGCAAUGGUCUCUGUUGCUACCGGCCUCAAGAUUCCUAUCAAACUCAUGUUCCCAGGUAGACCGAAGACCUCAGACUACUGGGAAACUGGAAUGAGCAUUCUUGGCUUGGGUGACAUAGUCGUACCUGGUGCGGCUGUGGCUUUAUGUUUACGUUACGAUCUCUACAACUAUCAUUCUAAGCUGUUAAGGUCUUAUCAUCAGCUCCUGCCUUUCCCCAAAACCUAUUUCAUCACGUCCGUGGUAUCUUACGCAAUCGGCCUUAUCUUGACUUUGUUAGCUCUCAAUGUUUACAAAAUGUCUCAGCCUGCUUUGUUGUAUAUAGUUCCUUGUGUUAUCCUUGGUAUUGUUAGUAUUAGCGUUCUUCGAGGCGAAUUUAGCAACCUUAUGCACUACGGGGAAGAUAUUACCGCGUUUGACGAUGCGCGGCCACUGCUAAGUGAUGCCACUACUUCUCGACAAGCCGAUGACACCGAAGAAGACUUAGAUUAUGAAUACGAGGAGGUCGAUGACUCUUACGACGAAUGGGAAAGACGAGUGGAGAUAAAGAGACUGCGUUUCGAAGGUUCGUAUGAUCCUGAUGCCAUCGAUCUUUACAAUCCGGUUGUCUACGAAUUUGGUGACACUGACGAUGAGGAUGAUGACACAUUUUUAAUACAAUCGGAAUCUGACAGCGAUGAUUUCUUGAGCGAUGAUGCGGUUUCUGAACCCGAUAUAGCUAUUCUUAGGGGUGACAUCGAUGUCAAUCCCCACGAAUGGUACAGCGACGAAGAUAACAGUUACGGAAGUUGA